AUGCUUAUACUGAUUGAACCACCGGGUGCCAAACAUCAUGACGUAAGUGGAUCCGGCGGGCACGACAGUCAUCGCCUUUUGGCUUUCAACACAGUUGAAGAAGAUGAAGCUGAAAGUGAUGAUGUAGUUGCAGCCACUUCUGUCAUUACAACUUCAUGCUCACAGGUGUUAUAUUCACAGUUAAUGGUGGUAUUGUUUUUCAUUAUUCAGAAAAUAGACCAGUUUCUGGUUGGAAAAUCCAAUUCAUAUGAAUUUUCGGAAGAGUGGAAACGAGAAUUCAGUGAGAGACCUUCAUGGUGUGACGCUGAUAUGGCUUUGCAGCAAAUUAAACGAGGUAAAGCUCGCGGUAAUCGAGGAGCUUUGUAUUUGCGAAGCCUUAUACAAAAAGUGUUAUUUACUAUGGGAACCUUCGUGCAACAACAUGCUUGUCUUGUUGUUGUCACUAUUGUUAUAUUCUUCGGUUUCUGCUGUUAUGGUUUACAAUUUAUUCGCAUCGAAACAGAUAUUGUAAAAUUAUGGGUGGCACGUAAGUUUUAUGUAAGUGGUGGACGAUUAGAAGAAGAACUUAGUUUCCUCUCACGAGUAGAAGAGUUAAAUUUGGGUGUAGUAAAUGACGAAACGGGUCUCGGUGGAGCGUAUCAGGUUGUGAUUCAAACUCCCCGAAAUGAAGGGGAUAAUAUACUUACCCAAGAAGGUUUACUGGAACACGUCACGAUCAUGGAACAAGUUGCCAAAUAUGAAGUAAAUGUGGCUGGCGAAUAUUCCAGGAAUUGGACUCUUUCGGAUCUCUGCUUCAAGCCACCGUUACCAAAAAUUAGUAACUCAUCUUUCGCUGCUCGAUUUUUACCUCUUAUUGACAAAACGAUACCGUGCAUUUGGAUCACACCAAUUGAUUGCUUUUGGGAAGGAUCCAAAGCAACUGGGCCGCAUCCUAGCAUUGAAAGCAGGUUGAAAAUGUCUUUAAUGCGAACUUUGAUUUCAUGUGUUUUCUCACUCGGAAUAGUAAAGGAAUUUUUAUCUUCACUGCCAAACAAGGAUACAUUUUCCUGGUCAAAUAUUGAUCCACAGGCACUUAUAGAUGAAUUAGCCGAAGUUUUGGAUUUAGACAAUUUCAACAACUUUUUUCAUCGUGCUAACAUAGGAAAAGGUUAUCUUGAUCGGUGGUGCAUUGAUCCAUUAGAUCCAAAUUGUCCAAGUAGAUCGCCGAAUCAUUUCGCAUUUUGCGAUUUAAUUCCCCGAUUUUUGGAAUAUGCAGAAAAGCAAGGCUUCGAAGUACCAGUUGACCCAGAAUACUUACGCCGUGAAGAACGAAAAAGCAAUGGAAGAGGAUAUAGUCUUUUUGAUUUGUUUGGCAAACGAAAAAGAAGAGAUGCGGAAAAGCAAAGUUACGAUUUGAGCUUGAGACAGGUUAUAGGAGAUUCAAAUGAGACAAAGCACUUUUUCGAUCAGGGUAGAAAAAUCAAUGAAGAUGUAUUAGAAUCAAGCAAAAAUGACCGCUUUAAAGCCAGAGAAAUUUUGGUAGAAAAACAAACUACUGCUCAUCCAGAGCCAAUAACAGAAACAUCCGAAAAUCCAAUUGUUGUUCGGGCAAGAAUCGAAAAAGAGAAGGAUUCAGCCGCUUAUCGUGAUGACAAUGAUUUUCUGUAUGAAGAUGAUAACAAAGAAAAUAAUUUAUAUGGUGAGAAGUGUAGUCGUGGAAGGUCGAAAAAUAUUAUCUGGGGAUUUUCAGUUGAACAAUGUGAUAAAUAUGCUCGGCCUUUUUCUGACUGGUUAAAAAGCAAUACACAUAAAUGGCAUGAGUUGCUUGGAAAGCAUGAAUUUCCUGUAUUUCCAAAUUAUGGUAAAAUAAUGACCGGUGGCUGCCAUGGUUUUGCAAAAGGUCUUAUGUUAUGGCCACAGGAUUUGAUAAUUGGUGGGGUAAAAAAAAAGAAUGGUAUUGUGGACAGUGCAGAAGCUCUACAAAGCGUGUUUUUAGUAGCCUCUCCUGCUGAUGUUUAUAAUCGAUUCAAGGAUGGAUCGAAAUUUUAUUCAAAACCAAAUUUGAAUCUGACGGAGUGGGAUGUGACUUUGGCUGAAAAUGUGAUAAAAACAUGGCAGCGGAAUUUCACAAAGAAUUUGUACAAUCAUGAGUGGAAUUUUGUUGAUGAUCAAAAAAGAAAUAUGAAGAUUACUUAUCGUCGGAUACAUCCUUUGGCAUCAACUUCCGUUGCUGAUAUGUUGAAGGAAUUUUGCAAAUUCAAUUAUACUAUUAUUUUUAUUGGAUAUUUCUUAAUGUUGCUUUACGCAUUGCAAUCUCAAAUGAAGUGCCAUGGAUAUAUGCUAGCUGUUGACUCAUGCGUUGGUCUAGCUUUUGCUGGUGUCUUUACUGUGACCUUUGCAUCAAUAUCUGGCUUAGGGUUGGCUACUUGGUUAGGGAUCGAGUUCAAUGCUGCAACUACUCAAAUAGUGCCAUUUUUAACGCUUGGCAUUGGCGUGGAUAAUAUUUUUUUGCUCCUACAUAAUUACCAUGGCGUCAUAAGAAAUGUGAAAAAAAAUGAAGUAGGCUUAUUGAUGAAGGAAACUGGCAUGAGCGUUAUGAUGACAUCUAUUAAUAAUAUUCUGUCAUUCCUUGCUGGAACUUUGUUGCCGAUUCCAGCGUUGCGUAGUUUCUGCGCUCAGUCUUCCAUUCUUCUAUCGUUCAAUCUUAUCGCUGUACUUACAAUAUUCCCUGCAAUAAUAUCUAUUGAUUUGAAACGACGUAAAAGUUGUCGCCGGGAUGUUUGUUGUUGUUCAGUGAUAGAAGAUUCAUUUAUGAGAGGCCAAAGCUAUGUUGCUACUGGUGUUAAACAACAAAUUCAAGAAAAGUUGACAGUUGGUGAAACAGUGUCUUCAUAUUAUAAUUUAUAUUCUUCUAACGAUCGUGAUGAUGAUGUAGAGGAUGAUGUCGUCAAGCCUUGGACACUUCAUGCUUUUUUGCGACAUUAUUAUAUACCAUUUUUGAAGAAAAGUGUAGUAAAAGUAACUGUUAUCAUUUUUUGCUUAUGUAUGUUGCUAGCCAGUUGUUUUGGAUUACACCGUACUACUUUUGGUCUCGAAAUGAGUGAUGUAUUGCCUGAUCAAACAGCACCUGCUGCUUUCCUGAAAGCUCGGGAUCGUUAUUUUAGCUUUUAUCCAAUGUUUGCUGUAUUACGUGGACCAGGCAUUGAUUAUGCAAAAAAUCAGCAGAAAAUUGAUAACUAUCGUUCAAGCAUUGGCCGAUCACCUUUCGUAGUUAAAAAUAGUGAUAAUGAACCAAGCGAGAAAUAUUGGCUGUCGCUGCUAAGAAUUUGGCUGAGAACUUUGCAGCAUAAAUUAGAUCAAGCAGUAGAUAGUGGUUUGGUUAGUUCGGAAAUUUCUCAAUCUUUUUUCUCUAUUGACUCCUCUACGGGUGCAGUUGUUGGUGAAAAUCCAGAUUUUUUGGGAGAAAGCGAGAAGUUACCAGCUGAUGUCAGUAUUGCAUACCGUUUAGCUUGUAGUUAUGGAUUUACUUAUAACUGUACGGGUCGCAUUGGAACGAUACGGUUUGUGGAUGAGAGUGGGACGAUUAAUGUUGAAAGUUUUUACAAUUAUCUGACAGCAUGGUAUAAUAGUGAUAACAUGAUGUAUCACGUAUCGUUAGCUUCUUUUAUUCCUUCUCCACCCAAGUGGUCAGUUGAAGAUAAAACAACUCGUCUCGUACCUCCGGCUGGUCCUUUUCACUACAGUCAGAUACCUUUCUAUCUUACCAAUCUUUCCAGCACUCCGGUCAUUAUAGAGAUGGUUAAAGAAAUUCGGGCGAUUUGCGAUGAAUUCACUGCUGAAGGCCUAAACAAUUUUCCAUCUGGCGUUGCAUUCACAUUCUGGGAACAGUAUUUACAUUUAAGCAAAAAUCUUUUUGAAGCUAUUUGUGUUAUAGCACUGGCUGUAUUUUUUGUGAUUUCUGUGAUCAUUUGCAAUCCAUGGGCUGCUGGUAUUAUCGUGAUCAUUUUAAUGGUUAUGACUGUUGAGCUUGCUGGCUUCCUGGGUUUGGCAGGAAUUAAACUGAAUCCGAUUUCCGCUGUAACAAUUAUCACUGCGGUUGGUAUCGGUGUAGAAUUUACUGCGCAUAUUGUAUUGGCAUUUUUAACGGCGCUUGGUACCCGAAAUGAUCGAAUGGCUUCGUGUAUUGACCGUGUCUUCGUGCCUGUAAUUCAUGGUGCUUUGUCAACACUGCUCGGCAUUAUAAUGCUUUCAUUUUCUGAAUUUGAAUUUGUCGUUAAAUAUUUUUUUGUGGUCAUGUCAGCAUUAAUUUUUCUUGGUGUUAUCAAUGGUCUUGUUUUGCUGCCUGUUUUGUUGUCACUUAUUGGACCACCAUGUGAGAUUGAAACGUUGGAUGGAAGUAAUUGUUUACCUCCACCACCACCUUUACAUGAACGUAAAAAACUGAAUACACAAGAAACACAAGCUCAUCGUCGUAAUUGUUCGGAUGAUAGCAAUACCGCUACUUUAAGUUCUGAGAAUGUACGUCUUCUUGUUCCAACGUUAUUGCGAGUCUUUAGAGUACUUUUCGAAUUUCAGUGCAGUACAAUGCUGUUAAUAGCUCCGACGCGAAGGGGUAAUGAUCCUUCAACAGUACCACGGCUGUUACCAAAUGGUCAUGCUCGAUCUGCAAGUGCUCAUAUUGUGUGA